GAGAUGGAUCCCAAGCCGACGCCAAGCCUGCAACUCAUUGAUGACAGCCUGUUAACUCCCAUUUCGUCAGAAUAAUUAAUUGCUGAGAAUCCAACCUUGGAAUUUCAGGCGCAAGAUUCGCCCUGCCUUUUCCCACCUACCCACCAACGGUGCCCUCUUCUCAAUUUCCUUGUCAACUGCUAGCCCCUCGCAACACCUUCGACCUCACACCAAGGUCACCAUGCAAGCACCCAACCCUGGACAAGGGGCUCCCGGAGGCCCUGGUGGUCCCGGAGGCAUGCCCAUAGGUCCUAACGGGAUGCCGAUGCCCACGCCGCAGCAGAUUCAGGCCAUGCAAGCCCAGCUCGCUGCCGAAGCCCAGAAACACGGCAUGACCGUGCCCCAGUUCGUCGAACACAUCAAGGCCCAGCGGAUGGCCCAGAUGCAGCAGAUGCAACAGAGACAAGCCGCUCAAGGAGGAGCCCCAGGAGGUCCGCAGCCCGGACAGCAAGGAGGUCCUCAGGGCGGCCCUCAGGGAAGGCCAGGACCGCCACCGCAGGGAGCGCAACCUGGAAUGCCUCCUCCGGGACAGGCUCGCCCUAUCAGACCCGGGCCGCCAAACCCCGUUGCCAUCGCACUUGCCAACUUCCUACGCAGCCAACCCCUCAAGCCGAGGACAUGCAUUAUGAAUGGUGACCGCAAGGACAUGUUCAGAGUCAAGCGAGCUCUUCGCGCUCUUCAAUCCCCCGCUUACGCAAAGGCUCGGGCGAAGAACCCGGCACUACCCGAGAUCCAUGACCGCGCAUCUCUCGAGAAUACCUUCAAGCUUCUCCCCAUGUCUAUGCUGGCAUUGCGCGUCACCAAGGUCGACCCCCACGAGGGACAUAACCAUGCGCCGGCCAAGAAGGCGAAGCGCCAAAAGGGCCUAUGGACUGUUCGAGUAGAGCCCCAGCAGGAGGCUGGCGACGACAUGUACUACGUCUGGCUGUACGAAGGUAGCCAGAUUAUGCGCAAGGUCUACGCUGCGCUCGCCCUAGUUGUGAUUUUCACCUUGGUCCUAUACCCCCUGUGGCCGCUAGCACUACGACAGGGUGUCUACUAUCUCAGCUGGGGUUUCUUGGGCCUCCUUGGUCUCUUCUUCGCCAUGGCCAUUUUCCGCGUUAUCUUGUUCUGCGUCACCUACUUCGUUGUCCCACCUGGAUUAUGGCUAUAUCCCAACCUUUGGGAAGAUGUUUCCUUCAUGGACAGCUUCCGACCCGUUUGGGCCUGGCAUGAGACCGAGAAGAAAAAGAAAAAGAAGACUAAGAAGUCUGCGAUAAACGCCGAGUCGGCUGCUCAUUUCGCAGGCUCAAUAGGCGAAGCGGCUCCCGCUACUGCUUCGACGACAGCGACGGAAACUCAGAUACAGACCGCCCCUCAACAGAGAACUGGUUACGUCGCGCCGCAGGUGGAGGAGCUCGGUGAUGACGAGUAGGAUAGGAGGGGCUAAAUUCAUUGACUCGGCGUUGGGGAAUUUAUCUUCAGAGCAUCAGGAUGUAAAUUACGGGGAAAGUCGGACAGAGAUAUAUAUGUAAUAGCCCACAAGAAGCUGAAAAGAGAAGCGAGCGUUUCACAA